AUGACCCAGGGGCUGAUGCCGCUCGCGUUAUCAUCGAAGCUCCAGUUCACUGUUGCGGGGUCGGGAGCUGCUGAAGAGCUGGCUGCCACAGUGGAGCUAGAUGUCGUAGAGAUGACGGAAGCCUCGGUGGAACUGGCCGUGGUCGAGAUGAUGGGGUUUUCUGAGCUUGGCGUUGAAGAGGGCUCUUGUGUAGCCGAGGAGCUGGGUGUAGCCGAGGAGACAGGUGCUGUCGAGGACUCUUGCGUCGUAGAGGAGAUAGCAGUCUCCGAGCUCGGUGUUGUAGAGGGUUCUUGGGUCGCAGAGGAGCUCGGUGUCUCCGAAGACUCUGGUGUUGUUGAUGGCUCCGGUGUCACAGAGGAGCUGGGAGUUUGCGAAGAGAUUGGUGUGGUUUCCGAUGGCGUAGAGGACCCUGGCGUUUCCGAGAAACUGGGGGUCGUAAACGGGUCAGUAUAUGCGGAGGAGCUUGGUGUUGUCGGUGUCUCAAGAUCCAGAGACGAGCUGGGAGCCGCGGAGGAUUCAGGCGUGGGCGUGACAAGCGAGGAUGGAGGUCUGGUUUUGCAUCUUUUCUUCGCCUCCCCUGGUGUGAGGAUGCUCAAUACACCUAGGAAAUGGAGAAACGCCCGGGAAUGCAUAAUGAACUGA